AUGAGAUAUAUAUUAAAUAAUAAUGUUGAAGGAACAUCAGCAUUAUUAGGAUCAACAGUUGCAACAGCAUUUUUACAACCAUUUGAUUUUUUAAAAAUUAGGUUACAAGGCAGUGGAUUUGCAAGUGGAGGUGAUUUAAAUAAAUUUAAAAGGGUUGGAGUUAUUGAUACAUGUAAAAACGUUUUAAAGAAUGAAGGAAUUAAACAAUUUUGGAGAGGAUCAUCACCAACAAUUGUUGCUAGUGGAAUAGCAUGGGGAACCUAUAUGCACUUUUACGAAGCCUAUAAAAAUAUAUUAAAAUCCAAAUACAACGUUACACAAUUAAAUACAUUUGAUCAUUUCAUUUGCGCAGUUGGUGCUAGUGCAACCCAAGUUUUCAUAACGAAUCCAAUAUUUUUAAUUAAAACACGUAUGCAAUUACAAACACCUGGUUCUGCAAAUUAUUAUACAGGUAUAUUUGAUGGAAUUAAAAAAACUGUUAAAGUUGAAGGUUUCAAAGGUUUAUAUAAAGGCGUAAUUCCAUCAUUAUGGUUAACAUUUCAUGGUGGUAUUCAAAUGUCUUCAUAUGAACAUAUUAAAUUUUAUUUCUCUUCAAAUUCUGGUAAAUCAUUAGAUUCAUUAAAUGCAUCAGAAAUUUUUAUAGCAAGUAGUAUUUCAAAAUUUUUAGCAAGUACAAUUUUAUAUCCAUUUCAAGUUGUAAAGACUAGAUUACAAGAUGAAAGAAAUAUACCAAAUCAAAAUAAUGUUAGAGUAUACAAUGGAACAAAAGAUGUUAUAUUUAAAAUUUUAAAGAAUGAAGGUAUAAUAGGAUUUUAUCGUGGUUUAGUACCAAAUACAUUAAAAGUUAUACCAAAUACUUCAAUUACUUUAUUAUUAUAUGAAGAAAUUAAAAAAAGUUUUAAUUAUAUUAUAAAUGAAUAA